AUGCCCACAACAAGCUAUAAGAUGACCACCCCUCACAGUCAAGCUCAACCUGGCCCUUCUAUCGACCCGUAUCCAGACGAAUACAAAAUAGCAGCCCUUGUCUUCUACAGCUGUAUCUUCAUAACUGGCUUAUUCGUUAAUGUCACUGCCUUAUGGGUUUUCAGUUGUACCACCAAGAAGAGAACCACCGUAACCAUCUAUAUGAUGAAUGUGGCACUACUGGACUUGAUAUUUAUAAUGAGCUUACCCUUUCGAAUGUUUUAUUAUGCAAAAGGUGAAUGGCCGUUUGGAGAGUACUUCUGCCAGAUUCUUGGGGCUCUCACAGUGUUUUAUCCAAGUAUUGCUCUAUGGCUUCUUGCUUUCAUUAGUGCCGACAGAUACAUGGCCAUUGUACAGCCGAAAUACACCAAGGAACUUAAAAACACAUGCAAGGCCAUGCUAGCGUGUGUGGGAGUCUGGAUAAUGACCCUGACAACCACCAUCCCACUCCUACUGCUCUAUGAAGACCCAGAUAAAGCCUCCAACCCUGCCACCUGCCUCAAGAUUUCUGACAUCAUCCACUUAAAAGCUAUUAAUGCGCUGAACUUCACUCGACUGAUUUUCUUUUUCUUGAUUCCUCUGUUCAUCAUGAUUGGGUGCUACUUGGUCAUUAUUCAUAGUCUCCUUCACGGUAAGACAUCUAAGCUGAAGCCAAAAGUCAAGAAGAAGUCUAUACGGAUCAUUAUCACGCUCAUGGUGCAGGUGCUUGUCUGCUUCAUGCCUUUCCACAUCUGCUUUGCUUUCCUGAUGCUGGGAGGGGAGGAGAACAGCUACAACCCGUGGGGAGCCUUUGCCACCUUCCUCAUGAACCUCAGCACCUGUCUGGAUGUGAUUCUCUACUACAUUGUUUCAAAACAAUUUCAGGCUCGAGUCAUUAGUGUCAUGCUAUACCGCAAUUAUCUUCGGAGCGUGCGCAGAAAGAGCUUCCGCUCGGGUAGUUUACGGUCCCUAAGCAACAUAAACAGUGAAAUGUUAUGA